GACACCAUCUCCGCCUAGGCAGAGGAGGGCCCAAAGGUAGACUGCGCACAGAACAAGGGAGAGCGGAGAGAGCCAGAGGGUCGCCUAAGUUUGAAGAUCCGGCCGCCGUGAUGGCGACCGACUUUAAGCGCGGUGACACUGGCAUCAAUACUGCCGAGGGCCAAAUAUCGGGCCCCCGGGCGGCACGACUUGCGAAGCAGCGGCUGGAAGACCAGAAGGACUACGAGAGCAAACGACAAAAGAUCCAGGAUGAGUAUCACCGGGGUGCCCUCAAGAUCGACGACAAGUUCGGGGGCAGCGCGACGGACCAGUACGAGGCAAUGUUUAAGGCGACCACGGUGGGGUUAGUAACAGCCGAUGAGUUCAAGAAAGCGCGCGUCUUGGCCGAGACCGGCGUCGGGGACAAGGAAGGCGGUGGCUCCGGAGCCGCUGGACGGGAGGGCGGCGAUAGCGCGGGCGGGGCAGAGGACGCCGCCGCGAGAAAAAAAAAGAAGAGAAAGAAGAAGAAGCUUAUUUCCACGCUUUCCUUCGGGGAGGAGAUCGAGGAGGACGACCAGGGGGAGGGCGGCGGCGGUGCGGAGCCACCGUUGAAGCUAGGAAAGAAGAAUCCAAACGUGGACACGUCUUUCCUGCCGGACCGGGAGAGGGAGAAGGGCAUGAGGGACCAGAGGGAGAAGCUCAAGAAGGAAUGGAUCGAGGAGCAGGAAAAGCUUAAGAUGGAGCGGUUGGAGGUUACAUACAGCUACUGGGACGGGUCCGGCCACAGACGGGAGAUCGUGCUGAACAAGGGCAUCACCGUGGGCAAGUUUCUUGAGAUGGUCCGACAGCAGCUGUCCCAGGACUUCAGCGAGAUGAGAAGCGUAAGCUCGGAGAAUCUACUGUAUAUCAAGGAGGACCUCAUCAUCCCGCACCACUUCUCGUUUUACGACUUGAUAGUCACCAAGGCCAGGGGCAAAUCGGGCCCCCUCUUCCACUUCGACGUCCACGACGACAUCCGGUUGGUGCACGACACGCGCAUCGAGAAAGACGAGAGCCACCCCGGCAAGAUCGUGGAGCGACGGUGGUACGAGCGAAACAAGCACAUCUUCCCUGCGAGUCGAUGGGAGACGUACGAUCCCCAGAAGGACUAUGGCACUUACACGAUCCACGGUGGCGAGGUCAACGAGAAAUAGAGCAUCGCGAUUGGACCGUCAGUGAAGGGUGGGGGCAACGCGGUGUACUGGAGUAUCCAGCACAUUCACAUGCAUUCUCGCGUGAGAGUGACGGAAAACUAAUGAGAGCGGGCAUCAUCAGAGGCGUCUAGCGGUUGGCGUAUGCGUUUCGCUGCCCAAAAGCUCAAGAAGGUUCGCGCUUCAUUUUGCACCCUAUUGACUGCUUCGGCGCAUACCGCACCCCCUGCCGGGCGUUCAGCGGUGCUGCGAAAGUUUUUACCGCCAGUGUACACAUCGUUGGAGUCCAUGGCGUUAUUAUCAAUGACGUCGCCAAUCCGUUUUCCAUUUGUUGUGGACGGCCUCAAUUUCAGUACUCCGUUGAAAUGUGACGUUCUCUCUGGGGUGCUAAAUUACUGCUAUAAUUCGAGAUGGCCCCUCGCAGUGGGGUUUUUCUAGGCAGGCUGUCUAGUCGAUGGAUUGGCUGCUUGCAGGGCUACUCUGUUGCCGUAAAUACAAACCAAUGAGGGCUAUUGAAUUUCGCAGCGCAUCAGGUGGUUGGACUUUGCCCCAUACCCGGGUCGCCAGCGAUGUAGAUUUAGCGGGCGCGUUGGUCGUAGUGAACGUUAUUCUUUGAUACGCGAGUAACUGCGGGUGUUCAAGUGUGUGCAUUAGCACCGAGCGGUUACCUUUGUUUGUUUCGGUGCGCAUCCUUCGCUGCAAUUGAUCGGUCUUUAUCGGCGCAGACGUUUAGUCGACGCCCAGAGAACGAUGCCACGGACUGCGUUGGAUAUUGCGCGAGCGCAACAUUCGUAUGCGGUGCACCACCGUUGUGAUGGUCAAUCAGCCCGGGGAGACCUGUUUAUCACGUUCUUUGCUUCAGAGUGAAAAAAAAUACGAAGUACGGAGAGGCUCGCACGAGGCUACGGGAGUUCUCGAGAGUCAAUGUCAUGGCAUA